GAAGAUGCACGUACGUAACACGAUCAUCCUUACGAGUUUCCUCAUAUUUGUUGCAAAUAUUAAUGCAAUACCAGUUAAACGUUUAAUUAAAUGGAACGAAUAUAAUCAGAUAGAUUUGCCAAGAAAAUGUUGCAUAGAGGAUUAUCUUUUUGACGAUGAGUUGAUGACUUGCGUUAAGGUCAUUAAGGAUGAUGAUUUUUCGGAGGAAAUGGGAACGGAAAUACGUGCUUAUGAGCUACCCUGCAAGAUGGUUGCUAUCAUAUGGAUAGAAAAUGGAGCCAACAAUUCUUGGACUUAUACGACGGAUGAUUUCCCAAACGAUUACUGUCUCGAAACUACGAUGAAUAGGACACAAGUGUUGGCCAGGUGUCCAGGAUUGUCCAAAGUGAAUGAAAACACGUCGAUCGUUUCAAUGAUGAAAACAAAAACAUAUAACGAAACGGCGAAGAUAUGUAAUGACGAGGAUAGUAUUAAAAAAUGGGAUCUCGUAUUUUGGGGUUCUCGAUCAUAUAUGGCAACGAAUGCUGCUCAUAUGAUAAUAAGUAUCAUCGUAGUGUUAAUAUAUUUGUUCAUACCAGAAUUACGUAAAGGUAACUACAACCAUUCGGUUCUUCAACACAAUAUAUCCUUAUUGGGAUUGGGUUGUAUAUUAUCCUACUUGUGUUAUUGCAAAUAUCCAUUGGCCGAUAAUCUUGUAAUCAUUCUCUGGCUUUCCUUACAAUUUUUCACCGUUGCUACGUUCUUUUGGUUAAAUGUGAUCUGUUUUGAUAUGACAUUGUGCAUCACGAGAUUCCGUUGGACCGUAGGACUCAGUGGUAACAAAGAAAAAGACAAAUACAAGAGAAUAUUAAUCUAUUCCGUUUUCGCAUGGGGUGGUGCAUUAUUACCAACAGUGGUUGCUGCAAUCUUCGAAUAUACACCAGGAAUACCAAAGAACUUUCCGAUGAAACCUAAUUACGUUAGAUAUUGUUUAGGUCCUAAUCCAAUAGUGAAUCUCUACUUUUUCGCAUUACCAUUAAUAACAUUGUUUUGCAACAACGUAUUAUUCCUUUUUACGACGUACAAAAUCGUACGAAUUCAACGUAGCACUGAGAUAGCUACGAAAAAUCAAAGUAGUGCAUUAACCAAGAAAUAUUUCUUAUUCUUAAGACUAUAUCUGUUCAUGGGUGCACCGUGGUUCUUUGGAUCACUUUUAGCGUGUCUCAACAAGUUGGUCAUUUUAAAGCUCUGUAGACUAAUUCAACCUAUACUUUGGUUGUUCAUGUUGUUAGCAAGAAAGGAUAUCAGACAUAAGAUUGCUAACAGAUUCUGUUUUUGUAUUAAAUCCAAGGAUCACAAUGGAACUACUUUAGCUGGAAGGAAGGAAGGAAGGAAGGAAGGAAUGAACGAACGAGGAUUACGGUAUCGAAGUGGUAGGAGAAUCAGAAUUGCCAUAGAAAAUGUUAUGAAAGGGAUGAGAAAAUGUAUGGGGAAAUAUAAAUUCACGAAUUCAACAUUUGACCGUUGGGUCAGCACGAAUGACGUCGAAAUUUCGUCUAUGGAAAAUUGAAGUA